UGUUCUCAUUGUCCUCAAUGUAAGACUGAUGAAAAGCACCAGUCCUCGGACUGCUAUCUGCCUCAGUUUCUCUGUCCGGACAGGUUCUGUCUGGUCAAUGAUCUGGAAGAGAAACCUCGACUGCAUGUGGAGCUGUGGCGAGAUCCUGGACAAUGGGAAGCUGAAAGUUAGGUAGACUUUGUGGAUCAGAGAACUUAAUUUUGUAACUUUGGCUAUUUUAUCAUUUCUACUUCUGCAAGCUGAAGGCAGAGUAAAAUUCUCUCCAGUGGACCACAUAAAUGUUGUGACAGCCAACUGUUCUUACUUUACCCUUUUUUUCUAAAUAUAGGCUCUCAGUUAGGUCCCCCCCUUUUUUUUUUACAAAUUUCUUCAGAGCACCCACAAGGGCCACUGAGCAGAAUCACCAUAGGAAUCCACUCAAGUUGCUUAAAGGAUCACAGAAGACUUCAAACACAACUUCUGUUUGGACUAUCAGACUUUGUGAACCUGCUACCAGCUGACUCUGUUCACAUAGAUGGGUUCGUCCUUUAAGAGGUUCUUCAUGCAGUGCUGCUGCUGCUGCUGCGCUGAUGAUGACGACGAUGAAGAUGAAAAGCAGCCUUUAGUAACUCCAGAUCCACUGGACUAUUUUACUCGAGAAGUCCAGAAGCGACGAGAUGAGGAAACUAAUCUGUGGAGUGAGCCAGGAGACCCAAGCCACUCGGAGAGAGCUGACGACCGGACACUUUACACCCUGAUUCAGGCCAGGAGCAAGACCCGCAUGGGAUCCACGGGUUAUCGUCGUCUGAGUGUUGACAUUGAAGCCAUGAGAGAUGUACGCCGAGAAGUCAGAGACAAAUGGAAGACAAUCCUGGAAAAUUUAGGUUUUAUGGCCGAGGCAGACUCUUUGCUGACAGUGUCUGCCGGUGCCUCACAUGACCGCAUGCGUAAUGCGCCAGCAGCACGUGCCAUGCUUCAGACGCUGCACACCGAGACAUCCAUCUUUUGCACUAAAGAACCACCUCCAGAGAGAUACCUGUUCAUCCUGGAUCGUCUUGUGUACCUUGAUAUAGCUGAUGAUUUUUUGGCAAAGGCAAAGCGCUUCUAUCCUCCAAAGGAUGAUUCUGACGAGGAGAUGCCGGGCCUGAAAAUAAACCUGCCGCUGUUGCUGGCCAGGGUAGAGGCCUUGAAUGGAGGCGGCGGUGAAGAAGAGAGUGAGAGAGAUGAUGAAAACACAAGUGACUGAUCCUGAGAUUUGGCUGCAGUAAUAGUAGGCAGAAGGCAGGGGGCAGUAGUCAACAACCCCUGAAUGCCCCUUAGGCAUUUGUUGCCUCCCAAAAGUUUUGCUGCUGGAAUUUAGACUGAAUAUUUAAACCCCUCUUUUCCCAUCUGCACAGCUUGAGUCUUUUCUGUUUUGUCUGGUCUGAAUCUUGAAGGGGUUUUGCAGAUUUUUCUGAGGAAAGUUGAAGAUAUGUUUAUUGUGUGAUUGUGUGUAUUUUUGUCUAGCCUGUUCAUUGUUCAUCUGUUGUGAACCUUUAGGGUAGGGAUGUUCUUUUCACCAGAGCCCCUUUAUAUUUUGUCCUAUGAUUAUCAGCACUUAUUUCACUCUACCACAUGAUCUGCACCAACUCUAAAUAAAUAGCCCACUAAUCUGAUGUCAUAAUUAGUUGGGAUUUUUUUUUAAGUUUCAUAAGAAUGCAUGUUUAUAUAGUUAAUGCUUUGACGUUUGCUUUUUGGCUUUAAAUUUAGUUGGAGAGGAGAAAAAAAGCAAUGUAGACAGUACGUUAUGUUGAACUUAAAAAUUGGUUUAAUGUGUGAUUGAAAUUAUUUUUUCAGGUAAUGCAUGUGAGGGUGGUUUUCUCUUCUUACAAUUAAUGGAAAAAGUAAAAACCGUUAAAUAUAUAUGACAGUCUGUGUAUGUGUUCAUGGUGAAAUAAAGCCUUUUAUGUGUGCAAGUAA